AAGCCGUGGGAUCACACUCUCGUCCCUUGGCUCUAUGGAGAGGAGCGGGAUCCAAGAUAUCUUCUUUCGACUGAUUCCAAUUUACACGGGCAAUGAGUUUCCUUUCGGCCGGAAUCGUGGCUAGGAAUCGUCGAUGGUUCUGCAGAUGAGCUCCGGCAAAGAUUCCGGUCACAUUCUUAAUGAAGGUGGCGGUGGCUAUCAGGAUUGGGAUCGAGCUUGGAAAUGGGGAAAACUGGUUUCGUGAAACUGCGGGAAGCUUCUGGGAGAGGUAAUUGUUGGGACUCCCAUCCCUUCCCUCCCUUUAUUACCAUUUAGGACUUGUAUAGGUGAGAAGAGAGAAAAAGUGGCGGGGCUGCCGGCGCCGGAGGAGAGGAUGCCUAUGUUGAGAAUAAAAAAAAAAAUGAAUUUACAAGUCUACCCCUCCACUACAACCCACCAAGAAGUGUUAUGAGGGUAAACUAAAUGAUAGUGAAACAAACUCCUUCACUGUCGAUAGUGCUGUGAAAGAAAACAAAAAAUUUCCCGCCUUUUAUUUCUUUGUUAGUUCUUGUCCGUCUCUGGCUAUUUGUGACUUCGCGCAGUUCAAGCCUGAAGGCAAACCCUAGACUAUGGAGGAAGAGAUCAAAGCACAGUUUGAAAGGAGUGGAUUUUCUCUCGAAGAUGAGGAAGAAGUACUGAAGAAAUGUCUCACUUUCUGCAUAAAUUUCAAGCUCGGGCCUUCCGAUCUCGUUUCAAGCUGGGAGGUUUACUACCUCAAUAGACAACUUAAUGGAUCCUCGGUGCAGAAUGCUCACAUGGAUGGUUUCUUAUUGUACCUACAAAAUGAGCAGAAGGACUUGGUAACUAAAGAGGAUCCCAAUUUGCACAUCUAUUCCAGUAAUGAUGUCGACAUGAUUCUAAAUGAUGAGCAUGAGGAUACAAAAGAAGGUAUUCUUGGUACUCCAGUGGAUAGAUCAGAAAUAAUCCAUUCAGACUUAUCUAAUUUUAUGCCUGGAAUAAAUGGGAAGUCCACAUCUGGAAAACAAUUAAAGCUUGUGAGUAACCAUAUCACUCCUUUCGGACAAAGGAAAACCAAGUUCGUGGUACAACUUUCUUUCAAUAACCCACCGGCUAUAGAGAAUGGCAUAAAAGAGGACAAUUUUGAGAGUCUUGAGGAUGAUGUCAUCAAGAGGGUCAGACCCAGCGUGAAGUGUUCCUUGCUAGUUCAUGUGUCACAGCCAGAACCAGGUUGCAGAUUCAUGUACGACAGAAUUGAAGACAGGUUCAGUUCCCUUGAAGACCGCAUCAUAAAGUAUGCAAAUGCACUUGUUGCUUCUGAACUCUAUGAGGAACCAACGGAUCCCACAGUGGCUUCUCAGAAAAGUGUGUUUUCAGUUGGCAUGGUGUGUUGUGAUGGAGAAGGUCGUCUGAAUGAGAAGUCCAUUCUAUUGCAAAGCAGUGUUGAGCAUUCUGGUGGUCAACGCGUGCGUCUUGACAUACAGAAAUUGACCCAGUUUUCCUUCUUCCCGGGACAGGUGGUUGGUGUUGAGGGUCACAAUCCCAGUGGACACUGUUUGGUUGCAUCUAAAGUAGUAGAUGCUAUUCCUUUUUUGCCUCCUCCUGACAUGGGUUUGCCUCCUGCAAAGAAGCAAGCUCUUGACCAAGAAUUUCAGCCAACUCCUUCCACUAUGCUUGGGGAGCUAUCAUUGGUUAUUGCGGCAGGUCCCUUCACAACAUCUGAUAACUUGUUAUUUGAGCCUUUAGUAGAACUGCUAGCUUAUGCAAGCAGAAAACAGCCUCAAUUGCUUAUGCUGCUGGGGCCAUUUGUUGAUUCUGAACAUCCUGAGAUUAAGAAAGGAACUGUUCAUAGAAGCUUUGUAGAAGUUUUUCGUGUGGAAAUUCUUAGAAGGUUGCAAGAUUAUGCUGAAUUUAUGGGUUCUGCUGCUCGAGUGAUUCUUGUUCCAUCCAUUCGAGAUGCAAACCAUGAUUUUGUUUACCCUCAGCCUGCAUUUGAUAUCCAUCCUUCUGAUCUAAAAAAUCAGAUAAGUAGUCUUUCAAAUCCAAGCCAAUUCUAUGCAAAUGAGGUCAAGGUAGGUUGCUGCACGGUGGAUAUCCUGAAACAGCUUAGUGGGGAGGAAAUCUCACGAAACCCAGCCAAUGGAUCAUCUGGCGACCGAAUGAGUCGAUUAGCCAUUCAUUUACUCAGCCAGCAUAGCUUUUACCCCUUGUAUCCACCCUCAGAAGGUGUUCCCUUGGAUCUGUCACUUGCUCCAGAAGCUAUGCAGAUCUCUUCAAUUCCCGAUAUUCUAGUCCUGCCUUCAGACUUGGCUCCAUUUGUGAAGGUACUUUCUGUUGAUGGGAGAAUGGAAGGGGAUGAGCAAUCAAAGUGCAUAUGUGUGAAUCCUGGGAGGUCAGCUAAGGGCAUUGGAGGGGGUACCUUUGUAGAGCUAAAUUAUCACAAGAAUCUGGACAGAACAAGUGCUUCAAUUAUAAGGAUAUAAAUCCAGGACCGGAGAGUUAGUACCUUGUGGUGACCAAGCAGCAGAUGUGCAGAGAAGCCUGUUCUAAGGGAGUAAUGAACAAAGAGGCUGAUAUGCAGAUGAAUGAGAAACAGAGGAAGACCAAAAUAGUGCUGAUGACGAGGAGGAUGAAGAUGAGUUUCUUUACAGCAUUCUGGCCGAGUCUAGUGGGGAUUUUUAUUAGAACAACCUCUUAUUUAUGUAUAGAGUUGUCUUUUGUAACAAUAGGUUUUGCUCUGUUGAGAAUCAACUUGAUGGGGAUCCAAUGUAAGCAGUUCAGUCUUGUUACAGACUACAACAGAACCUGUGAGGCAUUUCUAUAUGCAUGAAAUCACAGAAGGAACUGGGGAAACAUGCUCUCUUUUGGGUCCAUCUUUUGAAAAUAGUAUCAUCUUAAUGAGCGGAUAUCACAAAUA